CUUUACUAAACCCGCCAGGUACAUCAUCCUGUAUGUUCUUCGCUUUACAACUUUCAGAGCAGUCCUUUCAAACCCUUUUUAUUUUCGUAAUUCUCCAGUUGUCUUGCUCUUAGUCCAUGACGGGACAUUAGUAUACCUAGUAAGGACCGCCUCCAAUCAUAAUAACAUCUCCUACCCAAUGCCAACACAUUUAACAUAUUUCACGCCCUGAUACUUUGGUAUCUUUAUGGUGUCCACAAUACCUUCAUGUACCCGAAUUUUUAGAAUUCCCUGAAAAUUGAAUUACACCCAUACACAUGGCUCAACGCACAAAACGACGACGGUUGAAUCUUCAGCCAGGUCUUAAUUCCGCCAGUGAACCAUUCCAGCCAGCAACAGCGAAGGAGAAGGAAAUCUGGAAUGGCUUUUGUGAGCUGGAGUCGGAACCUGCUCUUUUUAAUGUGAUGUUGCGAGAGUUCGGGGUUAAAGGCGUCAAAGUCCAGGAAGUUGUAUCAUUAGAAGAAGAGAUGAUGGCAUUCUUAAACAAGCCUGUCUUUGGUUUAAUCUUUCUGUUUCGUUGGCGUGAAGAUGAUCCUGACAAGCAAGAAGCAAGCUGCCCAGAGGGACUCUGGUUUGCAAACCAGACCGCCAGUAAUGCCUGCGCCAGUGUAGCGCUCCUGAAUAUUGUUAACAAUAUAGAAGGCAUUGAGCUCGGGGCCAAUCUGCAACAUUUUAAAGAUUUUACUAUGCCGUUUACCCCGGCGCUUAGAGGAGAUGCCAUCAGCAACUUUGAGUUCGUCAAACGAAUACACAAUUCAUUUGCAAGGAAAAUGGAUAUGCUCACUUCAGAUCUUCAACUUAAACAAGAGGCGACAUCUAGGAGACCUCACUCGACCAAAAACAAUCACAAUGAAACGGAAACGGACGCAGGAUUCCACUUCAUUGCAUUCGUCCCUGCAUUGGGAAAAGUCUGGAAGUUCGACGGUUUGGAACGCCAGCCUCAGGCACUCGGGCCUUGUACUCCCGGUGAGGAUUGGUUGGAGCUAGUGAAACCGAACCUGAUCACCAGGAUGACUGCAUAUGAAGAAGAUCAGAUUGAGUUUUCAAUCCUCGGUCUCGUCAGAGAUCCGCUUCUCGACCUUAUUGACAAACUAGCGGUUAAUAUAAAGUGUCUGGAAAUUCUUAAUCAGCGCUUAACUACGCAAGAUCCUGCAGCGGCACACCUGGGAUUGGCGUUUGCAAGCCCCGUCCUUGAAAACAUUAUCUUGGGACCCGAAAAAUCCUAUAAUAUGACCAGGGAAUGUAUCGACCAGGCCAUUAUCCCGGUAGAGCUAGAGACGUGCGACUCAUUCUCUAUGGAAGAGAUAUCCGGGCGCCGACAAAAGCUGUGCAAUGAACAGCAAGAGUUACGAGCUGCGAUUCGGGAAGAGCAGCAAACCCAGCGGGCGGAUGACGACCAUGCGGUGGGGCGGAGGUACGAUUACGGGCCAGCGAUAAGAACGUGGCUGCGAACCUUGGCCCGUAAAGGGAUGAUUGAGAGCCUAAUAGUACCCGUAGGAGUAUGACACCGUCGAGAGGAGAGAGCCUUGUUCCCAUGAUAGUGGGGGUUUUGGGGGCAAGAAUGGAAUGGGUCGUAAAUACCAGAUGAUAAAAAAAAGAAACAAAUAUUUGGUUACGAGUACUAUUCUCAGUAGUAGUAUCGGUACUUUACCUAGUAC